CAGUCACCCAUGUUCGAUGGCAAAGUCCCACACUGGUACCACUUCUCCUGCUUCUGGAAAAUGGGCCACACCAUCCGGCACCCUGACGUGGAGGUGGACGGCUUCUCGGAGCUGCGGUGGGAUGACCAACAGAAAGUGAAGAAGACUGCGGAGGCCGGAGGAGUGACGGGCAAAGGCCAGGAUGGAGUUGGCGGCAAGGCGGAGAAAACCUUGGGUGACUUCGCUGCAGAGUACGCCAGGUCCAACCGAAGCACGUGCAAGGGGUGCAUGGAGAAGAUCGAGAAGGGCCAGAUGCGCCUGUCCAAGAAGAUGCUAGACCCAGAGAAGCCGCAGCUAGGCAUGAUCGACCGUUGGUACCACCCAGACUGCUUUGUCAAGAACAGGGAGGAGCUGGGCUUCCAGCCUGAGUACAAUGCCAGCCAGCUCAAGGGCUUCAACCUCCUCUCUGCAGAGGAUAAAGAAGCCCUGAAGAAGCAGCUCCCGGGGGUCAAGAGUGAAGGAAAGAGGAAAGGCGAUGAGGUGGAUGGGACAGAUGAAGUGGCCAAGAAGAAAUCUAAGAAAGAAAAGGACAAGGACAGCAAGCUGGAAAAGGCCCUCAAGGCCCAGAAUGACCUGAUCUGGAACAUCAAGGACGAGCUGAAGAAAGCAUGUUCGACAAAUGACCUGAAAGAGCUGCUCAUCUUCAACAAGCAGCAAGUGCCAUCUGGGGAGUCGGCGAUCUUGGACCGAGUCGCCGACGGCGUAGCAUUUGGGGCCCUCCUUCCCUGUGAGCAGUGCUCAGGCCAGCUGGUCUUCAGGAGCGAUGCUUAUUACUGUACAGGGGACGUCACGGCCUGGACUAAGUGCAUGGUCAAGACACAGACACCCAGUCGAAAGGAAUGGGUGACUCCCAAGGAAUUCCGAGAAAUCUCUUACCUGAAGAAAUUGAAGGUCAAAAAGCAAGACCGAAUAUUUCCCCCUGAGGCCAUGGCACCCCCGCCCACCCUGGCCUUGACGCCGGCUGCUGUGAACUGCGCUGCCCCGGCAGAUAAGCCCCUGUCCAACAUGAAGAUCUUGCUGCUUGGAAAGCUCUCCCGGAACAAGGAUGAAGUGAAGGCUGCCGUCGAGAAGCUUGGGGGCAAGCUAACGGGAUCAGCCAGCAAGGCCGGCCUGUGCAUCAGCACCAAGAAGGAGGUAGAAAAGAUGAAUAAGAAGAUGGAGGAAGUAAAAGAAGCCAACAUCCGUGUUGUGUCUGAGGAUUUCCUCCAGCAUGUGUCCACCUCAACCAAGGCCCUACAGGAGCUGUUAUUAGCGCACAUCUUGUCCCCUUGGGGGGCAGAGGUGAAGGCAGAGCCUGUUGAAGCAGAGCCCCCAAGGGCGAAGUCGGGGGCUCUGGUCCCCAAGAAGAGCAAGGGCAGUACCAAGGAAGAAGGUAUCAAGUCUGAAAAGAGAAUGAAGUUAACUCUUAAAGGAGGAGCAGCUGUGGAUCCUGACUCUGGUCUGGAACACUCAGCACAUGUCCUGGAGAAGGGCGGGAAGGUCUUCAGUGCAACCCUUGGCCUGGUGGACAUUGUGAAAGGGACCAACUCCUACUACAAGCUGCAGCUUCUGGAGGAUGACAAGGAGAGCAGGUACUGGACAUUCAGGUCCUGGGGCCGUGUGGGCACUGAGAUUGGUAGCAACAAGCUGGAGCAGAUGCCAUCUAAGGAAGAUGCUAUUGAGCACUUUAUGAAAUUAUAUGAAGACAAAACUGGAAAUGCUUGGCACUCCAAAAACUUUACAAAGUAUCCCAAAAAGUUCUACCCUCUGGAGAUUGACUAUGGCCAGGAUGAGGAGGCAGUGAAGAAACUGACAGUAAACCCUGGCUCCAAAUCCGCACUCCCCAAGCCGGUGCAGGAGCUCAUUAGGAUGAUCUUUGAUGUGGAAAGUAUGAAGAAAGCCAUGGUGGAGUACGAGAUCGACCUUCAGAAGAUGCCCUUGGGGAAGCUGAGCACAAGGCAGAUCCAGGCUGCAUACGCCAUCCUCAGCGAGGUCCAGCAGGCCCUGUCCCAAGGCAGCAGUGACUCCCAGAUCCUGGAUCUCUCAAAUCGCUUCUAUACCCUGAUCCCCCAUGACUUUGGGAUGAAGAAGCCCCCGCUGCUGAACAGCGCAGACAGUGUGCAGGCCAAGGUGGAAAUGCUGGACAACCUCCUGGACAUCGAGGUGGCCUACAGUCUGCUGAGGGGUGGGUCUGAUGACAGCAGCAAGGACCCCAUCGAUGUCAACUAUGAGAAGCUCAGAACUGACAUAAAGGUGGUUGACAAAGAUUCUGAAGAAGCGGAGAUCAUCAGGAAAUAUGUGAAGAACACGCACGCAACCACACACAAUGCAUAUGACUUGGAGGUCAUCGACAUCUUCAAGAUAGCGCGGGAAGGCGAGAGCCAGCGUUACAAGCCCUUCAAGCAGCUCCACAACCGGAAGUUGCUGUGGCACGGGUCCCGGACCACCAACUUCGCCGGGAUCCUGUCCCAGGGCCUGCGGAUAGCGCCGCCUGAAGCUCCUGUGACAGGCUACAUGUUUGGGAAAGGCAUCUAUUUUGCUGACAUGGUCUCCAAGAGUGCCAACUACUGCCACACAUCUCAGGGAGACCCAAUAGGCCUAAUCCUGUUGGGAGAAGUCGCCCUUGGAAACAUGUACGAACUGAAGCAUGCUUCACACAUCAGCAAGUUACCCAAGGGCAAGCACAGCGUCAAAGGUUUGGGAAAAACGACCCCUGACCCCUCGGCUAGCAUCGCUGUGCAGGGGGUCGAGGUGCCCCUGGGCCCGGGGAUCUCCUCUGGUGUGAACGACACCUGCCUGCUGUACAAUGAGUACAUCGUCUAUGACAUUGCUCAGGUGAAUCUGAAGUAUCUGCUGAAACUGAAGUUCAAUUUUAAGUCCUCCCUGUGGUGAGCCCCGCCCAGGGACUGGGCGCCCGAGCGAGUGGCUGAUGUCCGCACACCCCGGCCAGGUGCGGAUGGCCGCUACUUCCACUCCGUCUCUAUAGAGAGGAGGAUUUUAUGGGAGCAGGCGAAAAGGCUCUUCCCAGCUUUGCAAGUCCUUGGUUUUAUGUUGCAGCUGACAGUGGGGGAUAUUGUCCGGGGUUUUAUUCUGCCAGGCACAGUCCUGGUAAACAUAGCUGACAAUUAAGGAGAACUUGGGGAGAGGUUUUUGUUGCUUUGUUCGCCUAGACUAGUCCUGUAGAAAAGCCAAGCCACGAUACAGCAUCUGCCUUACUGGUUUCCCCAGGGAAGGAAAAAAUGUGCUUCCACCCUUUUCUAAGUGUUCGUUUUUAGUUUUGAUUUUGGUAAAAUGUUAAGCAUUUAUUUUGAGCUAAAAAUAAAAACUAAUUUCGUACUA